AUCCCACUUGAAUAUUGUACACUAAGCAAAGUCUGUGUGCAAGAAGAGCUUUCUUUGUCUUUGUUUGUAGCUCUCGUGAUCAAACAGCAAAAGGCCAAUUAGUUCAAUUAAAUUCGGUAAAAUAUAAUCCAAAAAACCCAUCUCCAUCAACUAUGUUUUUGCACCUUUUUCCGCUCAGUCAGCGUUUGGCCGGUGCUCUUUGCUGACCUGGUACUCCUCUGAUUUGCUCGUGUGAUAUUUAACCCUCAUAAAAGGCAAGAAAUUUUCAAAACUCUGUGUUCUCUUCUCUCCGACCUGUUGAAAUUUGUGUACAAGUUCUUCGAUGGGUUUCUUCUUGUUUUAUCCAUCCCAACAGUGAGCUCAACUUUCGAAAAAUACUGUUGUUUCCUUGCUUGCCCUUGUGUUCUUUUUGUUUUUCUUUGUGGCUGGAAAUUCUGUGAGGUGAUUUUCUUGAGGGGGGGCUCUGGAGGUUCAGAGUUUUGGAGUUUUCUCGGUGGUGGGUUUCGCGUGGCUUGCAGAUUCUGAUAGAAAGAUUUUUGACUUUUUGGAGACUGUUGAGAGGUUGUUGAAGUUGAUCGAGAUUUCUCACUGCCCAUCGAUUUUUUACUGCCGCGGAAAGACCCUUUUCGGGAUUUGAGUGUUUUGAUGAUUUCUAGGGUUUACGGUGACCUUUUGUCUGCUGGCUCCCUCUCUCAUAUGAUUUGGGUUUUUGAGUUCAAGACAACAAUUUUUCAGUGAGAUAUUCGGGAUUGAAGUUGUUUACUUAAGCAUAAAUUUGAGGUUUAUUCGUUUCAUCAUACCUGGUGGCGCAAGCUUCUCCAGAAACAAGCAAGCUGGGAAAGAAAAAUUGAGCAAUUAUGGUGGCAAAAGAUUAUCAGAAAACUAAAGGAUCGACCAAAGCUGAGGUGGGGGAAAUCGACACCAGCGCACCAUUUCAGUCUGUCAAAGAUGCUGUCAGCUUAUUUGGUGAAGGAGCUUUUUCAGGGGAAAAACCUGCCAUUAGGAAGCCAAAACCACAUUCUGCAGAACGAGUGCUGGCAAAAGAGACACAGCUUCACUUGGCCCAGAAGGAGUUGAAUAAGUUGAAGGAACAACUGAAAAGUGCUGAGACCACUAAAGAUCAGGCUCUUUUAGAGCUUGAAAGAGCUAAACGGACUGUUGAGGAUCUGACCCGGAAGCUUAAAAUUGUUAAUGAAUCCAAGGAUACGGCAAUUAGGGUUACAGAAGUGGCUAAGCAUCAGGCAGUGCAGUUUGCCGAAACGAACAAUGAUUGUUUUAAAGGAGCUAAUGCGUCUUCAAAUAAGGAUCUUGAAACUGCAAGAACUCAGUAUACGGCUGCAGUUGCUGAACUUGAUGUGGCAAAGCAGGAGCUAAGGAAACUUCGUCAGGAAUAUGAUGCAUAUGUGGAAGCAAAAGAGAUAGCUGCAAAGCAAGCAGCUGAAGCUGAGAAUGCUGCGAAAGUGAACAUGGGAAGAGUUGAUGAGCUAUCCAAGGAAAUAGCAAGUGUACAGGACUCUUUUCAGCAAGUGAAGCUUGCAAGUCUACAAGCAAAGGAAGAGGAAACAAAGAUCUGUGCUGACAAGGACAAACAGAAACAAUUAUACAAAGAGAGACUUGAAGAAUCAGUUAAACGGUUGCUUGCUUUGAAGAAAAAUAUUGAUCCUGAGCUCAUAAAAAAUUUGGAGAUUCAACUUAGUCAAACCUUGUCGGAAAGUGAAGCUCUAAGAAAUGAGAUGGAUAAUGCGAGAUCUGCUGAUCUUGAUUCUGUUAAGACUGUUACUAUGGAAUUGGAUGGUGCUAAAGAAUCACUAAAUAAAGUGGCAGAAGAGGAGAGCUCACUGAGAAGCCAGGUGGAGACCCUUAAGGUGGAGCUGGAUACCAUUAAAAAGGAGCAUUCUGAAUUAAAGGAGAAGGAAGCAGAGACCGAAUCAAUUGCAGGUAUUCUGCAUGUGAAGCUCCGGAAAGCUAAGUCUGAGCUUGAAGCAGCACUUGCUGAAGAAGCUAAAGUCAGAGGCGCUUCUGAUGAAAUGAUUGCUUCCAUCCACCAGCUAGCUUCAGAGAGUGAAAAUGCAAAGCAUGAAGCUCAAGAGAUGAAGGAGAAAGCUGAAGAGCUUCAAAGAGAAGCAGAAGCCACAAGAAUUGAGCUGGAAGAAGUAGAAGAGAAACUCAGAGUUGCGAUAGAUGAGAAUGAAGAAGCCAAGGCAGCUGAGGCUAGGGCCCUUGAUCAAAUAAAGAUGCUGUCAGAGAAAACUGAUGCUGCACGUGCCUCAACUUCAGAACCUGGAGCCCAGAUUACAAUGUCGAGGGACGAGUAUGAAGCCCUGAGCCGAAAGGCUGAAGAAUCUGAAAAAUUAGCAGAUAUGAAAGUUGCAGCUGCAAUGGCUCAAGCGGAAGCUGUGAAUGCCAGUGAAAAUGAGGCCCUCAAGAGACUGGAGGCUACCCUGAAGGAGAUAGAGGACAUGAAAUCUGCAACUCAAGCGGCCCUUAAGAAAGCGGAGAUGGCUGAGGCAGCCAAGAAGGCAGUUGAGGGAGAACUUAGAAGAUGGCGUGAAAGGGAACAAAAGAAGGCAGCAGAAGCAGCAACCCGCAUUCUUGCAGAAACAGAGAAGAAGUCAUUUGAAUCAUCUCCCCAUCAUUACCAAAUCCAAAAGCCAAGGCCUCAAGAGAAAGUGAUUGAAGCAAGAAAGCUGGAAAAAGCGAAGACAUCCAUCAACAAGAAAGUACUGAUGCCUAGUCUGAGCAGUGUGUUUAAUAAGAAGAAAAACAAAGUCGAGGGUGGUUCUCCUUCGUACUUGCCUGGUGAGAAGCCUGUUUGGUGAGUGUGAUUAUCAAAUUUUUGUGCAGUAUAAUUAAGAUCGAGAGAAACUGGUUCUGUACAUUUGAGACCACCGGAUAUUCAUUAGCAAAGUCGGGUGAUACUGACUGCUUAACAGACUUGGGUAAUUAUUUGAAACUUUGGUGGUGUAUCGACGAUGUAAAUGGCUGCUAGCGAGAAAAAUGUAGAGAGCCACUGGUGUUACAGUGAAGACGGCUGCAAUAAUAAUUUUCUGUGCUCAGGUUUGCCUGGGGUGAAACUUUUUA